AUUAUUUCCCACUUUUGUCUGUUAUUUAGAGGUUUGAAAAGUAGUAACAACAAAAAAAAAAAAAUAGAAAAGGCAAAUCUUUUUGUGUAAUUUUGUGAGAAAGUUGUGAUCAUGAUGAGUAUGAGUUGCCGUUUGGCGAAAAGCUAUGGUUUAAUCAAAUUGUUGUGUGAUAAUAAUAACAAUGGGGGCCGUUGUCGUCUUCUUCGUUUUCCCCAAUUUCUUCUGCCUUCUCCGUCUGAUGGGUUCUCUGCGUUUCGCAGUUGCUCCACCAGAUCCAUGUCCGCUUCUUCCUCCACAAACCCCAUGUCCCUCCAGGAGGCGGACGCCGUUAAGCUGCUGCCAUACGUUGAAGACAAGUACGGUGGCGUGAUGACCGAGAUGACUCAUCCCAUGGAUCCUUGUGUCUUCUCCGCACUUCUCCGUGCCUCUCUCUCUAACUGGACUCUUCAGGGCAAGAAAGGAGUGUGGAUCAAAUUGCCAAAGCAGCUUAUCGGUCUUGCUGAAAGUGCUGUUAAGGAGGGAUUCUGGUUUCAUCACGCCGAGAAAGACUACUUGAUGCUUGUGUAUUGGAUUCCCAAAGAGGCCCAUACCCUUCCUGCCAAUGCAUCUCACCGUGUUGGCAUAGGUGCCUAUGUCAUUAACCACAACAAAGAGGUGCUGGUAGUUCAAGAGAAGACAGGAAGAUUUCAAGGCCAAGGUAUCUGGAAGUUCCCCACAGGAGUAGUGAAUGAGGGUGAAGAUAUCCAUGAUGGCUCAGUCAGAGAGGUGAAAGAAGAGACUGGAGUGGAUACAGAAUUUGUUCAAAUAUUGGCCUUCAGACAGGCACACAAAGCUUUCUUUGAAAAGUCAGAUUUGUUCUUUGUGUGCAUGUUAAAGCCCCUUUCUUUGGAAAUCAAUGCACAGGAGUCAGAGAUUGAGGCAGCUCAGUGGAUGCCUUGGGAGGAAUACACAAAGCAGCCAUUUGUACAGAAUCAUGAACUCUUGAGAUAUAUGACAGACAUUUGCUCUGCUAAAACCAAUGGAGACUAUGAAGGCUUCACUCCUCUCCGUGUCUCAGCACCUGAUCAACAAGGCAACUUGUACUACAACACCCGUGACUUACAUUCGCGCCAUUGACCUUCUUUCACAACAAACAAAGCUAACGAAGCUGGUUUCUCGGCUGCCCUAUCUAUGUAAGCAAUUUGACAUUUGAGAAUCGAUAUAUAUUUACCUCUCACCAAAACAAACAUCAAACCAUCCCAAAUGAAAACAGUUGCAUUCAAUGUAAUGGACAUCCAAUACAAUGGCUUUAGGUUA